AUGGCCGGCCCGGGCCCCACCUUCCCGCUGCACCGACUCGUCUGGGCGAACCGGCACCGUGAACUGGAGGCCGCGCUGUACAGCUGCCAGCACGAUAUUGAGCAGGAAGACCCCCGGGGGCGGACCCCACUGGAGCUGGCUGUGUCCCUGGGGAACCUGGAGUCUGUAAGAGUCCUUCUUCAACACAAUGCCAACGUGGGCAGAGAAAGCCUCCAAGGUUGGGCAGUCCUGCAGGAGGCUGUCAGCACUGGGGACCCUGAAAUGGUACAGCUGGUGCUUCAGUAUCGAGACUACCAGCGGGCCACACAGAGGCUGGCCGGCAUUCCGGAAUUGCUCAACAAACUCCGCCAGGCCCCCGAUUUCUACGUGGAGAUGAAGUGGGAGUUUACAAGCUGGGUGCCCCUCGUGUCCAAGAUGUGCCCCAGUGAUGUGUACCGUGUGUGGAAGCGUGGCGAGAGCCUGCGGGUUGAUACCAGCCUCCUGGGCUUCGAGCACAUGACGUGGCAACGUGGCCGGAGGAGCUUCAUCUUCAAGGGUCAAGAGGCCGAAGCUCUGGUGAUGGAGGUGGAUCACGACCGACAGGUGGUCCACACCGAGACGCUGGGGCUCACCAUGCACGAGCCAGAAGUGUUGCUGGCUGCCAUGAGGCCCAGCGAGGAGCAUGUGGCCAGUCGUCUCACCUCUCCUAUCGUCUCCACCCACCUGGACACUCGCAAUGUGGCCUUCGAGAGGAACAAAUGUGGUAUCUGGGGCUGGCGGUCUGAGAAGAUGGAAACUGUUAGCGGUUACGAGGCCAAGGUGUAUAGUGCCACCAACGUGGAGCUGGUGACACGCACCCGCACAGAGCACCUCUCUGAUCAAGACAAGUCGAGGAGCAAAGGUAAACCCAGGGGGAAGACUCCGUUCCAGUCCUUCCUGGGGAUGGCCCAGCAGCAUUCCUCCCACAAUGGGGCUCCUGUACAGCAGGCGGCCUGCCCCACCAACCCCACAGCCAUUUCCCCCGAUGAAUACUUCGACCCCAGCUUCAGCCUGGAGUCCAGGAACAUUGGCCGCCCCAUCGAGAUGUCCAGCAAAGUUCAGAGGUUCAAGGCGACUCUGUGGCUGAGCGAGGAGCACCCGCUGUCCCUGGGGGACCAGGUGACACCCAUCAUUGACCUGAUGGCCAUCAGCAAUGCCCACUUUGCCAAGCUGCGCGACUUCAUCACCUUAUGCCUCCCCCCUGGCUUCCCCGUCAAGAUUGAGAUCCCCCUUUUCCACGUGCUCAAUGCCCGAAUCACCUUCAGCAACCUGUGUGGCUGUGAUGAACCCCUGAACUCUGUGUGGGCACCUGCCCCUGGCUCUGCAGCAGCGGGGAGCCCUUUCCCGUGUGAAGUGGACCCCUCCGUGUUUGAGGUUCCCGAGGGUUACAGCGUGCUGGGCGCAGAGCGCAGUGAGCCCCCCAGGGAUGAAGAUGACGACCUGCUGCAGUUCGCCAUCCAGCAGAGCCUGCUAGAGGCUGGCACGGAGGCGGAGCAGGUCACGGUCUGGGAGGCCCUGACCAGCGCCCGACCCGGCACCCAUCCUCCACAGCCCACAGUGUAUGAAGAGCAAGUCCAGCUAGAGCGAGCGCUCCAAGAAAGCUUGCGGCUGUCCACAGAUCCUGGCGGUCCGGGAUCCCCACACAGGACGCCCCCUUCCCCAGCACCCCCAAGCUUCGAGGAACAGCUCCGCCUGGCCCUGGAGUUGUCUUCCCGGGAGCAGGAGGAGCGGGAACGCCGAGGGCAGCAGGAGGAGGAGGAUUUGCAGCGGAUUCUGAGGCUCUCUCUCACAGAGCACUGA